AUCGCGUCGUACCCAGUGAAUGAGCCGAUGCACUCGGAUCGCGCACGUGCGCAUCGAUUAAUAUCGAUUAUUUUCCACACCCUUAGGAUUUAUUCGUUCGUUUCUCGAAUGCAGAUCCACAGCGAGACCGAGAGUGCGGUGUUCGUGAGUACCUGGAAAUAUGUUGACAUUUUAUUAUAAAGCAAGCAUGUCUUUGUUAGCAUUAGCCGCACGUACGGUUGGUGUUCUUCGGAAAAUGUGUCAAUUCGGUGCGUGCUUGUUGCAGCCUUUCUGACAAUCCAAGACAGAGUUCGAACGAGGGAGUUAGUUGCUCCAGUACCUGUCCAUGGUGCUGGACGACGACUCCGGUUUCUCACGACGGGAGGGUGGACUUGUUGCACGCACACACACGCACGCACGCACGCACGUACAUGGACACGGUACUGGGGGCUUGUUUGCGCAUGCGAAGAGGAAAUCUGGGGCCACUUGGCUCUGCCUGUACAGGAGAUUAUCAAUCGCUUCCCUCCUUACGUGUUGAACCGUACACCGGGUAUCUCCUGGCGCAACGGGCUGAUGUAAAGAGCAGCAGGCUGCCACCUGUAAGUCCGCGCCGUCCGCUACAGACUUUGCACGCCAGCGCGGAGGAUGAAGAAACAAAACGUCCGGACGCUGUCGCUCAUCCUCUGCAUGCUCUCCUACUUGCUGGUGGGCGCCGCCGUGUUUGACGCACUCGAGUCGGAGAAGGAGAGCGCCCGCAGGCGCGUCUUGGAGCAGAAGCGCAACGAGAUGAAGAAGAAGUAUUGCUUCUCCGAGGAAGUGUACCGCGACAUCGAGCGGGUGGUACUACAGGCGGAGCCCCAUCGAGCCGGGAGACAGUGGAAAUUCGCUGGUUCUUUUUACUUCGCUAUUACGGUCAUCACCACCAUUGGUUAUGGUCACGCGGCACCAGGCACAGACGCAGGAAAGGUCUUCUGCAUGUUCUACGCAGUACUGGGCAUUCCUCUGACUUUGGUCAUGUUCCAGAGCCUGGGAGAGAGGAUGAACACAUUUGUGCGCUAUCUCCUCCAGAAGACCAAACAGUGCCUGGGAUUUAAACACACAGAGGUGUCCAUGGAGAACAUGGUUCUCGUGGGAUUCUUGUCCUGUAUUGGAACCCUGUGCGUGGGGGCUGCCGCUUUUGCUCACUUUGAGGGAUGGAGCUUCUUCCAUGCUUACUACUACUGCUUCAUCACCCUCACUACGAUUGGCUUUGGAGACUUUGUGGCCUUGCAGAAAAAGGAAGACCUCCAGGAGAAAACCCUUUAUGUGGUUUUCAGCUUCAUGUACAUCCUGGUGGGACUUACAGUGAUCGGAGCCUUCCUGAACCUGGUGGUGCUCCGCUUCCUCACCAUGAACAGUGAGGAUGAGAGACGAGAUGCUCAACAAAGGGCAUCCCAGAAGAGGGACCGAGGACUUCUGGAUGGGUCCUUGAGCCUCCAUCUCAUGGGUGAGCGCAGCAGAAACGACUGUGAAGAAAGGAGCAGACACAACGUGCGGGCCUACAGUCGCAGCCAGAGUCCUCUCUUUGCGCCCAUGGAGGAGGGAACGAGUCGCACCAACCUCAUCAGCUCGUCGGCCGACAACCACGAGCUGGGGAGAAGCCACUGCAACCACAGCCCGCAUUUGCAGGUGGCGCCAGCCGCGCACAAGGCUGAGUCAAGCCUCAGCUCGCUCUGCUCCUGUGUGUGUUGCCGUUUGGGCUUUUGUGAUAGUCCCCUCGUGGCCCACAGCCAGUGCAAACGCUGCCAUGUCAGUUCUGUCACCUGCAACUCUGUCUCCUAUAGGAUCCACAGCAGCUCCAGGGACAAUAGUGGACACUCUUCCCCUGAAAGCACACACUCACCGGGACAGAGCUUCCAGGAGUUCCCUCGAACAAGGAGAAUGUCAAUGUGAAGAACAAGUAUUUUGUAUUGUUUUGGAUGGUCAGUGAAGCGCUUUUGCUUAUGAAAGCAUUUUCUUUGGUUCAGCACACAACUGUCAAAAGAUGCUGCUGGCACGUUUUCCAAGUGCAUGCUCAGUAGAAUGUAUGGCACACAAUGUGGAUGCAUGAGUACUUCUGGUAGAAAUGUCUUCGGAUCCACAUUUAAAACUGAAAUGUUUUUGUCUCACCGCAGCAUGCCUCCAAACUACAAGAAAAAAAAAAGCUCUCUGUAUGACGCAGUAUGCCUUCUCCGGCUACACCACAGCACACGGGACCCACAAUAAGACACAUUAUGUAUCUCUGACAGUGUCACAACCUUAAGCAUGUUCUAAUUGUAACAUACUAUUUAAGACUUGAUUUGCUCUUGAAUUGAUGGCAUUAGAUUGCACUGAAUGGUCGGUGGGUGAGUGCAUACUUUUAAAUCGAAAAGGCCUUAAUGAACUUUGACCCAGCAUCUCAAAAGCUGUGGCUUCUUGCUCAGUGAGUUCGAUACAUCUUUGAAAUACAUAUCAAGAACUCUAGCAUUAAUAAACUUGAAUGUAAACAUUGGUUUAUACUUUCAUGGAUGCAGUCGAUAACUGAUGCAACAUGUAGCAUGGGACAGAAAGCCUCCAAAGAUAGUGGAACACGGAUUAGCGGGAUGGUGUUGGAUUUAGAUUUGAUGUGUCUCUUGUAAUAUUGUUUUAUUAAACAAAACAACAACAAAA